AUGUUGAUCAAUAACUACAAAGCCUUUACAGAUAUAUCUGUUCACGACCAACACUUAUUAUACUCUGGUGUUGAAUUAACAGACCAAACAAUUCUGUCUACUGUAAAUAUUGGACAUGGCGCUUUAUUACUUCUUGUCUUAGGAUUAAGAACUGGACCAUUAGGUAGAUAUGAUUUAUGCACAUCAACCAAUCAAAAAUAUUCCAAUAAUGACAUUUCAUCACAGUCUACUAAUAAUAAUAAUGACGAAACGGAAUAUACACGAUUGUUGUCUCUCUUGUCAUCCUCCUCUUCUUACCCAUCCGUGUCAUCAUCAUCAGCAGCAGCGCCAACUGUCGUUUUUCCAUCGAUAUGUGUAACAGCUGUUGUCAAUGCAACUAAAAUAGCAUCAGAUGAAUUAGAACAAACUGAAACUAAUCUACUAAUGAAUUCAUUUGAAUCCUAUAAUGACAAUAAUGAUGACACUAUUAAUUCUAAUUGUUUCACAUCAUCAGAUGAUGAAAUUUAUCGAAUUGCUGAAGUUCUUGGUUAUGCUAUUGAUAACAAUGAACAGUUGUUAUCACCUUCAUUAUAUGAUUUUCCUACAACAGUAACGGACGAAAGUCAAUUAUAUGACUAUGAUAAUAAUGAUAUUGAUGAGACUGAUAUUUAUUAUCAUUAUGAACAGUCGUUUACUCCACCUCAACAAUUGAGUUGGGUAAUAACACCAAGUUAUAAUUCCACACAACAAUUAAACAUACCAGAAACCAAUUCAUACGAAUUAUGUGAUAAUAUCAAUUCAAACAACAAUUCAUUUCAAUAUAUUCAUGGAUUUAAAACUAUUGAAACACCUUCUAAACAUUAUCAAUCAACUGAUUCGUUAUUUGAUAAAACCAAUACAUCUACUUCUACUACUACUACUACUAGUAGUAGUAAUAAUUCAAUCUUUUCUUCUCUAAAAGAAGAAUCAUAUUUAUCUUCACCGAAUAUAAAUGUUAUAGUCGAUAAUGAUAAUAAUAGUAAUAAUAAUAAUAGUAGCAAUAAUAACCAUUCUAUUGUUGAUGCCAAAAGAUCUACACGUAAUAAUGAUAAGGCAGCUGCUAUGAUUGUUCACAAUGAUGAUGAUGAUUUUCAUUUGGACAGACAUUAUUCCAAUUCAAAUACUAUUCCUUUAUUGAAUACUACUACUAAUACUACUACCAAUACUACUACUAUUACACAUCUUCCUAUUUCAUCCGGUGAUAAUUCUAUCAUACAAUUAUUGAAUAAUUCAACUAUUAAUUUCAUUAAUAAUCCAUUAAUUAUCAAUCAUUUUCAAUCAUUAAUUAAUUCACCUUGUUCAUAUUCAUUUUAUUUAAUGAUGCAAAUGAAAUUAUUAUGUAAUAAUCAAUUUCAUUCAAAUGAAUAUUUAUUUAAUUUAAUACCAAAUAAUAAUAAUAAUAAUACUAUUGUUAUGAAUAGAAGAACAUCAUAUACAAACAAAACUUUCGAAUCACCAUUGGAUCAAAAUUAUCUUCCACAAAUCACUAAAAGUCAUUCCAAUCAUUUAAAUAACAAUGAAUAUAAUAUUACUGAAAAGUUAUUAAAUGAUACUAGACGACAUAACAGACAAACAGAAUUCAACUUGGACUGUAAUGAUAAUGAUGAUUUGCGACAAAUGUGUUUAUCGAAUACUACCAUUGACAGAUCUUCAUCACAUUCUCUUCAGUCGUUAUCAUCGUCGUCUCCUUCAUCAUCAUCAUCUUCCUCUUCUUCUUCUUCCUCCUCUUGUAAUACAACUAUACAUUCAAAUCAGUCCAGAUGUUAUGAGUGCAAUAGACGAACCCGAUUAGCUUGCGGUUUUACCUGUCGAUGUGAAAGAUGGUUUUGUUCUAGGCAUCAUCAUCCAGAAGAUCAUAGAUGUAAUUUCAAAUUCAAAACAAUGGUAAAUUGAAUAAUAUUGAAAUAGAAUACUUUGUUACUCAGUUUCAUUUGAUAUUUUCUAUGAAAUCUAUUUAUAUUAUUUAAUUCGAUUAUCUUUUGAUGUCUUGGAUAUGUGUGAUGAUGUUGAUGAUGAUGAUAACGACGCCUAAAGUAGAUUAUUUGUAGAGUAUUAUUUCUAAAUGUCAAUUUUUACUGUUCAUUUCAGAUUCAUUAGUAAUUAAGUUUUCUAUGCUGUCGACAGAAUCAUCUCUUUGUCAUAUUCCGUACUAUCGUACUGUCUUCAUAAUAGAAUGAAUGAUUGUUGUUAAGUAUAGUCGUCUUCUUUUUUAGGAAUAGUUUUUUUUCUUAUAUCAUUCUUUCUUCACUCAUUCCUGGGUUGUUUUUGUUGUUGUUGCCUUAUCUACAUAGUUUUUAUUCAAAGUCUAGUCGCUUUUUUUCUCUCCCUCUAUAUCUCUCUAUGUUUUCAUCGUUAAAUCAAACUUAACAGUACAUUUCAAUACACAUUCAUAUACACAAAUACACAUAUAAACUAUUCACAUUAUAAUUGCUUAAGUGAUUAAAAUGUAAUACUCAACUUCCAAUCAAUAGGUUGUAAGUUCGAACCCUUUCACUCUCUAGUUUACUUAGGUUUAAACAAUUAGACUAUACCUAUAGUAUCACUAAUCCAUACAUAGAAAUAAUACAGUCCGAAGUCAUAUGAAUCAAAUCUAUACUAGGUAUUUCAUUCCUAUUAGCAUUAAAAUGUGUAUGUGUGUGUGUGUGGGGGUAUUAUUAUGUUGUUUUUAUCACCGUACAUUCUGAUUCAUGUGUUGUUAUGUACUUUUUCUAAAUGUUUUGUUUUUGUUGUUGUUGUUGCUAAUGUCUUUACUACUCUGUUAUACUUUGUUAAUCAAUUUUGUUUAGAAUUUCUUUGAUUGUGUUUUCUUUCUUUGUUUUUCUUUUUUUUCUACAUUUUAUGAUGUUAUAAGAAAAGAAUUAAAAGUUAUGAUUAUUUCCAAUUUUGUACUGUAUGGAUUAUGGAAUGAAUUCAAUACCAAGAGGUCUUAAUAAAUAAAAAAAACUUCCAUUUUACGGUUUAUAUUCCUAUUGGAUUGAAAAAUUAAUGAAUUUUCAUUAGAAUUUCUAGGUUAUCUAUUACAACAUUCACUUGGUGGUGGUGUUGUUGUUUACUUUUAUCUUCCCAUUGUUAUUUAGGAUUGCAAUUGAUCAGUUUCUUGUUCACAUAUGUGCAUCCUAUGUGGAUUGCCUCGAUUAUAACCUUAAGUCACAAGCUUUUUUUAAAAAAGUCAUUCAGUAACAACGUAG